AUGCCACACAUUACCGUUUUAGGCCGGCGCUGUUCUCGGCAAAGAUACCGAGCGAUAAAAAGUAGUUCUGGCCGGUCGGCCUGGUGCGUGCGUGCGUGUGCGUGGCCGCUUGCGCGCGACCAAUCCGUCACUGCGCUCCCGGACGGCUUUGCUGUUGUUUCGCCAGAAACUGCGAACACAAAGACGCAAAACCACACAAAAUGGAGUUUUAUCGUGCUCCCCAGCGCGCGCACACGCGCCCACGCACACGCACGCACGCACAGCGCCAUAUCCCGUGCUGUUUCUAGAAGCUGUCCCCAGCCCACGCCAUCGCCCUCCCGUGCAUCGAGUUGGACGUUGUUGUUUUUGAAAAAUUUGUGUUCGUUGGCUUUUUUCGGUGUCACCAGCCAGCGCAGCGCCAUCUGCUCGCUGCUCGCUGCAGCUGCAUGUCAAUGUCUCAACUAUGUUGUUUUACCAUGGACUUAUCCGAUGUCUCGUCGUGUUAGAGAUAGAGAUAGCUUGCUAAGUGUCAAACUUAUUGCGGUUUUCUGCUAUGAUGUUGUUGUACAGACGAACUCGACUGCAAUUGAAAAAAAAAAGUGCUAG